AUGAGUAAAGGAACUAGAAGUGCGUCAGUGUCCAAUCCCCAUGAUGAUAACCAACUAGAGACGAUAAUAACUAAGCUCGUCCCAAAAUUGAAUCAAAGAAUUGAGAAUCAGUUGGAAAACUUAAGUAACAGAUUUGAAAAAAUAGAAAACAGUGUUGGGAGUAUUAUGGAGAAACUUAAUACAAUAGAAAGUAUGACCCAGUCCAAUAGACAGUCUAUAAUAAAGAUGGAAGGAAGAAUGGAUAACCUCGAAUAUAAAAUCAGACAAAAUUCUUUAAGAGUUGUUGGUUUGGAAGAUGGCUCAGACGAAAACUUAGUGUCUAAAAUGCUUACUCUACUCAAUGAUGCUGUAAGGGUGAAAUGUUGUUUGCAAGAAAUUAACAAUGUUUAUAGAAUGGGUAAAAUGGAAAUUGGGAAAUCAAGAGUAACAAUAGUUUCAUUCACAUCAGUCUUAAAACGCAAUGAAGUUUUUAAUAACAGAAGAAAUCUUAAGGGGACAGGCAUUUACAUUAACGAGGACCUGACAGCAAAGCAACAUCAAGUAUUGCUGGCAGCAAGAAGGAAAUAUGGCAUGAGAAACGCAUGGUCGACAUAUGGAAGAAUUUUGGUUAAUGAUGGCAACAGCGUACAAGCGUUUAAAGAGGCAGACAAUGUUUAA